ACACACCCCUCUACUUCACUGGGUGGAGCCUCUCAUUCUGUGUCUGAUUAAGAAAGCAAGCGUGGGAAGAACAUAGGGAACUUAAAGAAAAUGUACAGUCUUUGGGAUAGUUUGCUCUUCACCAUAUUCAGCUAAAAAAAGGCUUUGUGGAUCACAUUUUAAAGACAUUUAAUGAAAGGAUUUCAAGUGGCAGCAAAAGGAAAAACAUGGGGAUACUAUAUUCACAGCCCAUUUGCCAGGCAGCUUAUAAUAAUGAUUUCAAUGAACUUCAGCUCCUCUUGGAAGAAGAUAGAAAUAAUCUGAAUAUCCAGGACUAUUUUGGUGGAGACACGCCGUUAAUCUGUGCAUGCAAAAAAGGGCACAACAGAAUCGUCAGUUACCUUCUGAAAAUGAAUGCUGAUGUGAACAUAAAAAAUAAGAAAGAAAGAACCUGUUUGCACUACGCUGUCAAAAAGCGAUUUGGUUUCCUUGAUUAUUUGCUCAUCAUACUUUUAAUGCCCGUUAUGCUAUUAGGAUAUCUUCUAAUGGUAAGUUCCAGCUCGGGGGUGGGUGGGGGUGUGGAGGCAGGACUUUACAGCCUUAUGGAAGGCUAA